AGGCUGGUUGGUUGCUAUGGGCCAAAAUCAGAGCGGAGCUGGGGGGAGGGCGCCAGGUGACCCUGACAAGAAGAAGGAAGAGAAGAAGAAAUAUGAGCCGCCUCCUCCCCCUAGAACCGGGAGGAAGAAAGUAAAGAAAGGGCCGGAUUCAAACGCGCGGCUUCCAGCUGUUACCCCCAACGCGAAAUGUCGGCUGCGCCUCUUAAAGCUAGAGCGAGUCAAGGAUUAUUUACUAAUGGAAGAAGAAUUCAUUCAAAACCAAGAGAGGCUGAAGCCGCAAGAAGAAAAGUCUCAAGAAGAGCGCGCAAAGGUCGAUGACCUGCGAGGUUCUCCCAUGGGGGUUGGAAAUCUUGAAGAAAUGAUCGAUGAUAACCAUGCGAUCGUCUCCUCAUCAGUUGGGCCUGAAUAUUACGUCAAUAUCAUGAGCUUUGUUGAUCGUGACCUGCUCGAGCCCGGAUGCUCUGUCUUGACCCAUAACAAAGUUUUGUCGAUCGUUGGAAUUCUUGCGGACGAUACAGAUCCACUAGUCAGUGUCAUGAAAGUUGAUAAGGCUCCGCUCGAGACAUAUGCAGACAUUGGAGGUCUCGAACCACAAAUCCAAGAGAUCAAGGAGGCUGUUGAACUGCCUAUGACGCAUCCAGAAUUGUACGAAGAUAUUGGUAUCAAACCUCCCAAGGGCGUUAUUUUGUAUGGACCUCCAGGAACUGGCAAGACUUUGCUUGCAAAGGCUGUAGCCAACCAGACAUCAGCGACUUUCCUCCGUAUUGUCGGCUCUGAGUUGAUACAGAAAUACCUCGGCGAUGGGCCGAAACUUGUGCGAGAAAUGUUCCGUCUAGCCGAUGAACAGGCGCCAUCCAUAGUUUUCAUCGACGAAUCGAUGCGGGUUGGAACGAAACGAUACGAUUCCACCUCUGGAGGAGAGAGAGAGAUUCAAAGGACUAUGCUUGAAUUGCUAAAUCAGUUAGACGGGUUUGAUUCUCGCGGAGACGUGAAGGUUCUGCUAGCAACUAAUCGUAUCGAAACUCUGGACCCGGCUUUGUUGCGACCUGGGCGAAUUGAUCGCAAAAUUGAAUUCCCUAUGCCCGAUUUUAAUACCAAGCGGCGAAUCUUCCAAAUUCAUACCAGCAAGAUGAGUUUAGCAGAUGACGUCAACCUGGAUGAAUUCGUUAUGACUAAGGACGACCUUUCUGGUGCUGAUAUCAAGGCGAUUUGUACAGAAAGUGGUUUGCUGGCGUUGAGGGAGCGGAGAAUGAAAAUCAUGCAAGCUGACUUCCGCAAAGCAAAAGAAAAGGUCAUGCACAAGAAGAAGGAGGGUGUUCCCGAAGGCCUCUAUCUCUAA